CCGGGAAGCGGGAGCCGCCGGAGGAGGGGAGGGGAAGGGAGGGAGGCACGGCCGUGCCACGGGGGGCUCUGCGGCGGAAUCUCGGUGCCCGGUGCAUCCCCCUCCGGGCACAGCCCCGCCGCAUCUCCCGCUGCGGGAAAUGCCCGGCUGCGUCCACUCGCCGCAGAGCUCCUCCCUCCGCUUCAGUCAGUCCACCCGGAUUUUAUUUACUUAUUUAUUUUUCCUUUUUAACCUGCAAGUUGGUUUUUUUUUUUUUUUCGUUCGUUUGUUUUCCAAUCUAUUUGGAAAUACAGAAGCACAGGGCGGGCACCAGCCCGGUGCCUCUCCACAAAUCCCCCCGGGAGAGGCGCUCCGAAGGUGCCGCCGGCUCCCGGCGCUCCUCAUCCCGGGACCGGGCGGGCGAGCCCAGCUUGCGGAGCAAUUGAAACAUUCACCUGUCGACCUCGUCUGAAAUAAAUGGUAACGUGUUUGCAUCUCUCAGGUUACAGUAAAUAAAGGCGCACGCUUGCCCACCCUAUGAACAAACAGAAGCCUGCAUCUCUGGCAGAAGCAUCCAGCUGCACUCAGUGGAGCAGCCUCUCUCAGGAUGCUCACCAGAACCCCGAGUGUUGUGGCCCAAGUGUUCCUUCUUCUAAGCAUAGUCCUUGUUAUUGCUAUUGCAGUGAUUCAGAUAAAUCAGCAACAGAUCCUCUCCCCAGGGCUUAAGUAUGGAAUAGUGCUUGAUGCUGGAUCCUCUCGGACUACAGUCUAUGUCUAUGAGUGGCCGGCAGAAAAAGAAAACAACACGGGAGUAGUGAGCCAAACCUUCAAGUGCAAUGUGAAAGGCCCUGGUAUAUCCAGCUAUGAGAGUAGCCCUGGAGCUCUUGCCAAGCCUCUUGAUGACUGUCUGAAUAAAGUGAAGGAGAGAAUACCAGUUCAUCUGCAUAAAAACACUUCUGUGUAUCUGGGGGCUACAGCUGGCAUGAGACUGCUGAGGUUGCAAAAUGAAUCGGCAGCCAAUGAAGUCCUUGCAAGCAUUCAAAGCUACUUCAGAGCACAACCUUUUGAAUUUAGGGGUGCGCAGAUCAUAUCUGGGCCAGAGGAAGGGGUGUAUGGAUGGAUAACGGCCAACUAUUUAAUGGGCAAUUUCUUAGAGAGAAACCUUUGGAGGACAUGGGUCCAUCCUUACAGAAAAGAGACCAUGGGUGCACUGGACCUCGGAGGAGCUUCCACUCAAAUUUCAUUUAUCCCCGAGGACCCUGAGGAGCACCUCAAUAGCACCUUGCAAGUGAAGUUGUAUGGUUACAACUACAAUGUCUACACUCACAGCUACCAGUGCUAUGGGAGAGAUGAAGCUGAGAAAAGGCUUUUAGCAUUGCUGCUCCAGAAAUCACACACCAGUGCCAACGUGGAUAAUCCCUGUUACCCUCAAAACUAUAACACAGCAUUACCGAUGAAGGACUUCUUUGGCAGCCUUUGUACACAGUCUCUGAGACCAGCAAAUUACUACCCAAACCAGCUUGUGAAUUUCCAUGGAACAGGAGACCCAGGUCUGUGCCAGGAGAUGGUUUCUUUAUUGUUUAACCUCACUGCUUGCAGAGACAGAGAGGACUGUCCAUUUAAUGGAAUACAUCAGCCAAAAGCUAAAGGGAAUUUUGUGGCUUUCUCUGGAUUCUACUAUACUAUUAAUGCUUUGAAUUUAUCUGGGCAAUUUUCCCUAGAUGACUUCAAUUCAAGUAUGUGGUUUUUCUGUUCACAGAGCUGGGCACAGCUCCGGUUUAUGCUGCCUAAAUUUGAAGAAAUAUAUGCUAGAUCCUACUGUUUCUCAGCCAAUUUUAUUUAUUACUUGCUUGUACAUGGUUACAACUUCAAUGCAGAAACGUGGCCACAGAUACAUUUUCAAAAGGAGGUUGGUAACAGCAGCAUAGCGUGGUCACUCGGUUACAUGUUGAGCCUCACAAACAUGAUUCCAGCAGAAGGCAAGCUGAUCCAGCUACCUCUGAAACCUUCUCUGUUUGCUGGGCUCCUCGUCUUCCUCACAGCCACGGCACUGCUGUGUCUCCUCUUCCUCGUCUACUUGUGCGUCGUGUCGCAUCAUCGGAAGAACGUCCCUCGCGUUGAACACGUAUUUAUUCCAGAAUGAAUGAACUUGGCUGGAGACAAACCAAAAAUGUUAUGGCGCUACUAAACUGAACUUUAUUUUGCCCCCCCCCAUUUUUCAAAAAUAAAGACAGCAAAAAUGACUUCUGGACCAGAAGCAUAAAUAGAGAAGAGGCACAAAGGAAUCUGUGAUAUGGUGAAUUGGAGUGCUUUUGAAAUAUUUUGGUAAUUGUUUCUGUAAACUUAAUUUGUCCAGUGUGCAGCAGAGAAAACAUGGGCAGAUAUGUCACUUUGCUUUAUAAGGGAUUACUUGCAUUUUCCUGACAGGUAUGUAUUAUUUUUUUUUUUUUGUUUACUAACUCUGUGCUAACUGCUGAGCUCAAGUAGUGAAGGAUUUGAUCACAGUGGCAGUUGUUUAAGACAAAAUUAAACAAGCCAAUAGCAACUGUGGGAGGUGGGAACAUGGUAGCUGUCCUUGUGUGCAGUGCUGACACUAAAAGCCCUGAAGUAAUCUAAUUUCUGCAACUGGAAAAAGCACUGGAUAAUGACAAGAACUGAAAGGAAGAGUUGUGAUAGAAUUGUUUUUAUUGCUGUUCCAAAUGGAUUGAUCCCCAUCAAGAAGGUGCAAUAAAUUGUGAACACCUCUCAGGACUUUUGAGCCUGUCUCUAAACAGAGCUAUGUCUUUUCAUACCAUGGAGACCCCAAAACGCCUCUGGUCUGGGAUACAAGAUUUGCUUUGGAGGUGGAAUAAAAUGCUUUCACACUUUAGUGACUGAACCUAAAUUUAAAUAUCUCAUAGUUGCCCCCAGAAGACACUGGAGUUUUCAGUGAACUUUUCUAACUUUCACAGAAAUGUGCUUUUUGUAAUUUUUCAUACUGAAACCCUGACCCGCAUACCCCACAUAUUGCUGGUCUCAGACAGUGGCAGUCCGUACUGAUUAGACACGUAUGUGUUAUUUCAGCUGUCUGGACAGAGUCUCAGAUCUGAACAUUCCAUUAACACGUUAAGCCCUUCUUUCAAGGCCAAGAGGAACAGGAGCCAGUCCCCAGGCCAGCAAAACACCUUUUCUGUGUGGGUUCAGGAACGUAUUUCUGGAGCUGCAGUCAUGGCUCUAGUGCCCUGGUUAGCCUCUGCACUGUCCUUCAGCAGCGCUGGGAUCCACCUGGCACAUGCUUCUGUCAAACAUUCUGACUCCUGAGCUUUCCUGCAAGUGCUGCUGCCUUCACGCAGCAAACAGCUGGCUUCCUUGAAAGCCCAGCCAUUCUUCACCAAACCUCACACUCCUUCAAAUCAUAGGACUCUCUCAGCUUCAUCUAUUCCCAGUAUUGGUUAGGAGAUGGAUAGGAGAACAGUGGCCAGUAUUUUUACCCAUAAAUAAUGUUUUUAAUUUCAGUCUUUUGUUUCUUUAUCACCUUUUUACUUACGUUUGGUUGUGGGGUUGGGGUUUUGUUUUCUUUUGUGUUUUUUUCAUAGGCUGACAGAUGAUUUGAAGGGAGCUAAAUAUCUUUGUAAAUGAA